GAACCGACUAGGCAUUGCCUGGACGCCGGCUAGCUCUUCUUCUCCAGGCUCCCACACUUUAGCUAUUAGAUCCCUUUGGGUCUACUUUUGUGAUCCCUUUGAGUCUACUUUUGUUUUUGUUUCUGUGUUUGCCUUAAAUCUGUCUGUUUCAGUGACGGAAGCACACAGCAUUAAUAGCUAAUUUGAUCUUUCCUUCUGCCACUCACAAAGCAAGAUCACCACAGCAAUGCAGGAUGCAGCUGCAACGUGCCAGUUUUUUUCCAAGACGAUGCGCAGGUAGACAAAACACUGCCUCCCUUCAUCAGUCUCAGUAGGAAACCGACAAGCAGUGCUGGUGCUUGGAACCGGUCAUUUUGACGCAAGGACUCCCUGCUUUAGAUGUCUUUGCUAGGUGAGCUGAAAUUGUACUAAGCCAUGGAGGGGCACCAAGACAUCAUCAACCAAACAAUCAACACUCUUGGAAGCUCUAAAAGGAAUCUGACCUACUCUCCCUAUUACCAGCACUCCCUGCCCGUCGCUGUCCUCUACAUCGUGGCCUACCUGUUCAUCUUUGCCUUGUGCGUCGUUGGGAACAGCCUGGUUUGUUUCAUUGUAUUAAAAAACCGGCGGAUGAGGACAGUCACCAACCUUUUCAUUUUCAAUCUAGCCAUCAGCGAUUUGCUGGUAGGCAUCUUCUGUGUGCCCACGACACUAGUGGACAAUUUGAUCACAGGAUGGCCCUUCAGCAACAGCAUUUGCAAGAUGAGUGGGCUCGCGCAGGGCAUGUCUAUUUCAUCAUCAGUCUUCACCCUGGUGGCAAUUGCUGUUGAUAGGUUCCGUUGCAUUGUAUAUCCAUUUAAACCCAAGCUCACCUUCUUCCAGGCUCUCAACAUCAUCGCCGUCAUCUGGAUCCUGGCCAUUGCUAUCAUGUGCCCUUCUGCUGUUAUGCUCACAGUGGCUCAGCAGGAGGACAGCUUCAUGGUAUGGGAAGACCACCCAGGGACGACAUAUCCCUUGUACUCCUGCUACGAGGCCUGGCCAGAAAAUGGGAUGCGGAAAGUCUACACCACUGUUCUGUUUGUUCACAUUUAUGUUGUCCCUCUGGCCCUCAUUAUGUUCAUGUAUGGGAGGAUCGGGUUCAAGUUGUGCAGGUCCUCAGGCCCAGUGAGCCAGCAUCAAGUGGCAAGUGAAGAUCGUAGCAAGACCGUGGUCUCUAGGAAGAAGGUGAAAAUCAUUAAAAUGCUUGUCCUUGUGGCACUGCUUUUCAUGGUCUCCUGGUUGCCCCUGUGGACAUUGAUGCUCCUCACUGAUUAUGCUAACCUGGAUGAGUGGGACAUCAAUUUGUUGGCUGGCUACAUCUUCCCUUUUGCUCAUUGGUUGGCCUUCUCUAACAGCAGCAUCAACCCCAUCAUUUAUGGCUAUUUCAACGAGCAGUUCAAGAAGGGCUUCCAGGCAGCCUUCAAGCUCCACAUAUGCUGCCAUGAGAUGGUUCCUCAAGAGGUGUAUGCUGAGAGGACCACAGUCAGCACUGGUGCCUUUAGUGCUAGGAAUAUAGUCUUCACUGAUGGGGAGUCAUCAGAUUCAAUCUGCUUGAAGCAUUUGCACCCAAAAGGCCGUUGCUGUCCGCAUAUUGGCCAGAGACAAGGUCUUCAACUGGAGGAGAUCCCUGAUGUUAAACCCCCGAGCAAAGUUUACAAAGCUUGGGAUGCCUAAGGGCGAUUGGUGGUCAGAAUUUUUUUGGUGAACUCAUUGGCUUUCCUGAAUCAACCAUUUUUCCAAGCUUUGAUUAGGACAGUCAUUCAUUCAUAAUUUUUGUGAAUUGUUUGUGUUGUGGCAGGACCUGCCAACAGAAGUGAAAAACAUA